AUGGAGAAAGUAUUUGUUUAUGGAACCUUAAAACAUAACCAACCCAACUUUGAUGCAAUGAAAGAUGAAAAAAAUGGUAUCGCUUCAUUUAGUACUAAAGCUACUUCAAUUAAAAUGUAUCCUCUAGUAAUUGGUACAAAAUAUAACAUUCCUUUUUUGCUUUGCAGAGAAGGUUUGGGCCAUGAAAUACGUGGUGAAGUUUAUGAUGUAGAUGCCAAUAUGUUAAACUUUUUGGAUAAAUUUGAAAAUCACCCUAAUUUUUAUGUAAGGAAAAAGAUUUCUGUUAAGUUACCUAACAGUAGUGUUACAGAAUUGAAGAAAUUACAUCAUUGGAAAUGGAAUUUGAGAGCUAUACAUAAUCAUAAUCAAAAUUAUAAUUUUUUAAAAGUAAAUACUAUGAAUCAAUCAAAAGAUUUACUCAUAAAAAUCCAAAAGGCCACCGAAUUAUUCUCCCAUUGA